UAUGCUGGCCUGGCUGCAGAUCCUCCUCCGGCUGGUGUUGUCCGAGGGGACUGAGGGACCUGGUGCAUCCCCUGAUUCCCAGCAGCCCACCCAGGUCCCGGCUCCCCCAGCCCCCAGCCUGUCUCUGAGCCCCCCUAGCCCAGUGAGGGGGCAGCAGGUCCAGCUGACGUGCUCUGCUCCGAGGGGCUCCAGGGCCCUGGGGUUCAUUUUCUAUGAGCAGAGGAGUGGGAGCUGGGAGAAGCUGUGGUCCGAAAGCAAUGGGACCUGGAGGAUCAUCACGGAGAACAGUGAACUCAGCCGGACUUUCACCUGCUCCUAUCGGGUCCAGAGCAGCCCCCCAAGACAGCCCCAUUCCCAGUCUCUGCAGAGUAAUGCAGUGACCUUGCUCCUGGCAGCCUGGUCUCUGCCCGUCCCCCUGGUGGCUGGGUGUGGUGGGGCUGCCACGGCUCUGGCUCUGCUGCUGCUGCUCAUCUGCCUCUGCAGGAAGAAGGCAGCAGCUAGCCGCCGGCUCUCCACGUCCUACUGGAAGAGCCAGGAGCUGCGCCGGUCGCGGAUAAUGAGACGGUCGACCGACAUCUCUGGGGUCAAUAUGGGUCUCCAGCAGAUGACCGAGGGGGGCUGGCCCCAGGCAGCGUCCCAGGACUGGGGGCUGCUCCCCAAGCUCCCCACAGAGGGGCCCAGGCCGGGGCAAGCGGCUGUGGGGGCAGCGCCCCUUAAAGGCCAGAAGGAGGAAGAUGACGCAGACUCCGGAGCUGAGUUUGAAUUCCCGGACAUCGAUCAACGUACACACAAGUCACGUUCUCCUGCUUCACCUUGCCGCCAUGGGCCAGAGCUUGCUCGGCCUCCCUGGAACACGUGUACAGCACCCCUGACCUGUGACCACGGCACCCCCACCCUGCCUCUCCCUGCCACCAGGGGUGUCACUCUCCAGCAACCUUCCUUCUGCACCCCACCUGCUGCAAGGGGCCUGGGGGUUACAGCGGCUGGGAGCCAGACUCCUGGUGUUUCAUCCUGACUUGGGG